AUGGCUAAAGGCGGUAAGAAAUCAACCAAGCCUGUACCUUCUUCCAACUGGAAGAAACUUUUGCCCACAAUUGCUCCCACUGCUUCAGCAGAAUCCAAAAAGAAGAGAAAGACAGAUGAAUUCGAGAUUAGUCCCAACUUUAAAUGUUUCAACAAGAGACAACGAGUAGAGAAAAUGAAGGCAUCCUUUGAAGCUAAAUCCCAAAAGACACAAACCUCCACAACAACCAUCAGCACAACAAAAAGCUCGAUACCCGAUAAAGAUGAAUUAUGGUUUGCUGAAGAUGUCGACGAGGAAACUUUGAAGACUGUUUAUACACCCAAGGAGACUCCACAAGAACAGAAAUUGAAAAAGAAGAGCAUAGUAGCAAAGAUGAAUGCCGUUUCUGGAGAUGCCGCAAAAUUGGGUAAAUAUGUUGCCAUUGAUUGUGAGAUGGUGGGUGUUGGACCAGACGGCACAGAUUCAGCCUUGGCCCGUGUGUCCAUCGUCAAUUACAAUGGUGCUGUAUUGCUGGAUUGCUAUGUGAAGCCUCAGGAAAAGGUGACGGAUUACCGUACGCAUGUCAGUGGCAUCGAACCUCAUCACUUGGAAUCUGAUGAGGCAUUGACCUUCAAAGAAGCACAAUACAAAACAGAGGCUAUUAUUCGCAACCGUAUCUUGGUGGGACAUGCUGUAUACAAUGAUUUGCAAGCCCUCAUUCUCUCUCAUCCUUCAUUGCUGAUCCGUGAUACAUCUCGUUACAAACCUUUCCGUAAAUUAGCCAAGGGUAGAACACCUGGUCUCAAAAUGCUGGUCAAAGAAGUGCUGGGUAUCACUAUCCAGUCUGGAAGCCAUUCAUCUAUAGAAGAUGCUCGAUUCACAAUUCAGCUAUACAAGAGUGUCAAAAUGGAAUGGGAAAAAUCAUUUGGUGCUCGUUCUGGACUGAUUAUCAAGAAGUUCUUGGCCAAAGAGAGCCAAAUUGAAGAGAAGAAGAAGGCUAGAAAAUCAGUGACAAUUCAGGAACAUGUAGAUAGCGAUGAGGAGGAAGAGGAUAAGGAGGGUCAUAGCGAUAGUGAUAGUGAUGAUGAUUCGGAUGAAGACGACUACUCUGAUUGA